GUUCACCAGCUUUUUCUUCCUCUUGUAAUCGGAGGUCCCUCCCUCAAUCUCUCUCUCUCUUUUUCUCUCUGUCUUAAGGUACGCGGUCUUUACUAACGUGCGCUUCUUCUUUUUCGGCUAAAGUGCGCCAUGGGACUACUCGACCAGCUCUGGGACGACACCGUUGCGGGACCUCGGCCGGAGAGCGGACUCGGAAAGCUCCGGAAGCAAUCGACCUUCUCGUUCCGAUCGAGCUCCGGCAAGGAAUCAGAUGGCGGGAGCGUGAGAUCGUACGGUGAGGAUUCGACGGAGGAGGCGGUGAGAGUUACACGCAGCAUCAUGAUAAUAAAACCACCCGGUUACCAAAACGGGUCGCCUCCGAUUUCUCCCGCCGGGUCCACCCCUCCGGUUUCUCCUUUCUCCCCUGGAGGUAGAGACUCCUUUCGAUUUCGAAGGAGGUCAACAUCGGACGCAUACGAGAAAACAAGCGAGGUUAGACCCAGGAGUGCUGCUUCUCCUUACGACGUGUGAGAUAUGAGCCUCUUUUAGCGCGCGAUGGGGAUGAGAAAAAAUGUUUGCACUUUUGUGUUCGUCAAUGUUAUCUAAGUGUGUAUGCGGUUGUUUAUCUAGUUUUGUAGAUUUUCUAUGUAGCCAAUGGGUGUCUCUUGGUCUAUGUGAGACUAUGCAGUUUGUAGCUAGGUUGUGAUCAUGUACCGGUUGUAGCAUAAUGCACUUUGCUAUCUGUAUAUAUAUAAAGCUAGCCUUCCACAGUUCUGUUC